UGUCAGUGGUUAGUCUGGGUGUUUCUGUAAAUGCCCUGAAACAUAGUCCCGAUCCCACACAUCCUCUGGAUCCAGCUGGAAUUAAUGCUGAGGCUUCUUCAGUACAGUGUAUAUUGCAGGGUAAACCUCUUGUGCCUGCAUUCUCAAAGGAUGGGGACUUUGUAAUUGGAGGUGUUUUCUCCAUCCACUUUAAACUUCAUUCAGUGAUUUAUAACUACACCACCAAGCCCAAGUCUCCAAGAUGCACAGGGAGUGUAAACCCUCGAGUACUGCGUUUCCUACGCACCAUGAUCUUUGCCAUUGAGGAGAUAAAUAACAGCACAGAGCUGCUGCCCGGCAUUAAACUUGGAUACCAGAUCUAUGACUCAUGCCUAGCAAUACCUAUGUCAGUUCAGGUAGCAUUUCAGCUCUUAAAUGGCCAGGAACCUGUAUUCAACACAGGUAAAAAUUGCUCUCAAUCUGGAGUUAUGGCUGUGGUCGGAGACUCUGGGUCCACCCCAUCCAUCAGCAUUUCUCGCAUUUUCCGUUCUUUCAAUAUUCCGCUGGUGAGUCCAUUUGCCACAUGUGCCUGUCUGUCAGACAAGCAGCAGCACCCAACGUUUUUUAGAACAAUUCCCAGUGACCAGUUCCAAGCUGAUGGGCUGGCCAAACUGGUGAAACACUUUGGCUGGAAUUGGAUAGGUGCAGUGCGCUCCGACUCUGAUUAUGGAAAUUAUGGCAUGGCAUCUUUUCUUGACGCAGCGCUCAGAGAGGGGAUAUGUGUGGAGUAUUCUGAAGCCUUCCAUCGGACAGACCCACACAUCAAGAUCAAAAGAGUUGCUGAUGUGAUCCGAAGAGCCACUGCUGUUGUUGUGGUGGCGUUUGCAUCAUCAGGAGAUAUGAAGUUCCUCAUGGAGGAGCUGGCCCUAGACCCUCCUCCGCCUCGUCAGUGGAUUGGAAGUGAGGGAUGGAUUGGAGACCCAUACUUGCUCACCUUCAGUUUCUGUGCAGGGGCCAUUGGAGUUGCCAUACAACAAUCAGUGACCCCAGGGCUAAAAGACUUUCUUUUCGAUCUCUCUCCCUCUGAGGUUGCUGCCUCCUCAGUGCUGACUGAGUUCUGGGAGGAUGCUUUCAACUGCACUUUGACAAAAAAUUCUGAUUUGAGCAAAAUGUUGUGUGAUGGAACAGAAGAUAUUAAAACGCUCAGAAGUCCAUACACUGAAACAUCACAGUUGAGGAUUAAUAACAUGGUAUACAAGGCUGUGUAUGCAAUAGCACAUGCCACUCACAAUGCAGUGUGUGAGGGAAAAAAUGGCUAUACUCAGUGUGACAAACAUACUAUAUUAAAGCCCAAAGAGGUUUUCAGUGAAUUAAAGAAAGUAAACUUUUCAAGGAAUGGUUACCAUGUGUCAUUUGAUGUUAAUGGAGAUCCCACAGCUUUCUAUGAGCUUGUGAAUUGGCAGAAAAGUGAAACUGGUGUUAUUGAACCAGUAACGGUUGGCUACUAUGAUGCAUCACUACCUGUGGGCCAGCAGUUCAAUAUCAAUGGCAAAUUGACCUGGAUGGAAGGUGGCACAAAAGUACCAGUGUCAGUGUGCUCUCAAAGUUGUCCUACAGGAACUCGUAAAGUGUUACAGAAAGGAAAACCCAUCUGCUGCUAUGAUUGUAUACCUUGUCCUGAAGGAGCGAUCAGUAACAUCACAGAUUCUCCUGACUGCUUCUCAUGUCCUGAAGAGUCCUGGCCCGAUUCACAAAGGAAGUCCUGCAUCCCAAAACCUGUUGAAUUUCUUUCCUUUGGAGAAGUCCUGGGAAUUAUUUUGGCUACUGUAUCUGUUAGUGGUGCAUUUUUGACAGUUACUGCAGUCGCUGUUUUCAUUCAUCACAGAACGACUCCAAUUGUGAGAGCUAACAACUCUGAGCUGAGCUUCCUGCUGCUCUUCUCUCUGACUCUGUGUUUUUUAUGUUCAUUAACAUUCAUUGGAGCACCUUCUGAGUGGUCCUGCAUGCUGCGACACACAGCAUUUGGCAUCACUUUUGUUCUCUGUAUCUCCUGUGUCCUUGGGAAAACUGUUGUGGUUCUAAUGGCCUUUAAGGCUACACUUCCAGGUAACAAUGUCAUGAAAUGGUUUGGUCCUCUUCAGCAGAGAGUGACUGUAAUGUGUCUUACUUUGAUUCAAGUUAUAAUUUGCACCUUGUGGUUAGUACUGAGUCCUCCAUUCCCAAUUAAGAAUCUAAACACCUAUAAGGACAAGAUCAUCCUAGAAUGUGCAUUAGGCUCUGCUGUUGGUUUCUGGGUUGUACUUGGCUAUAUUGGCCUUCUUGCUGUUUUUUGUUUUAUAUUGGCUGUUCUUGCUCGGAAACUACCUGAUAAUUUCAAUGAAGCAAAGCUGAUCACAUUCAGCAUGUUGAUAUUCUGUGCAGUCUGGAUCACCUUCAUCCCAGCAUAUGUCAGCUCUCCUGGAAAAUAUACAGUUGCAGUGGAGAUAUUUGCCAUUUUGGCCUCUAGCUUUGGUCUGAUGCUGUGUAUAUUUGCUCCAAAGUGUUUCAUCAUUGUGUUUCAGCCAGAAAAGAACACCAAGAAAUAUUUAAUGAAUAAGACUUGAUUCCAAAAGGUUUAUCUCCAAGCUCGUCAAAGUCUUUAUAAAUAUUGUGUUUCUGAAGAAUUGGAAAAAGGAAGACUUUUAAAAUGGUAAUGUGAUUGCAAAUAUAUUUCUGCUUUUUCUUCUCCAUUUUAGCUUUCUUUAACUUUGGGCAGAUCUAUAUGUAUAAUUUAGGACACAAUUUAAAAUAUAUAGAGUAUUGUUUUGAAUAUAUAAACCAUCCACUGAACUUAACUUAUUCUUAAUGGUUGUCAUCCUUACUAGCGGAAUGCUUUCUUUAAAUAAAAUGCUAAAUAAUAAAAUGUCAGUUGUCUUCUCUGUGUAGGGGGUUGGAGAAGCUGUAGGAGGGAUUCCUGCCAGGUAGUGUGUUGGCAGCAUUGAUGAACUUGGUGUUAUGUAUGUGACCAGAGUGACAUGUGCAUAAAAAGUAAAUGUAUCCUAGCCCUAACAAGAUAUGUUACACUUCACAGUACCAGCUGUCAGUAAAUAA